CUUGGUUCUGGAUCUUGAAGUCAAUCAGACAGUAGGUGUAAUAGCAAUUGAAAGAACAGGAGUGCCUUUUCUACAGGUAAUUCCUUGUGGCCAGCGUGAUGGAUUGUUCUGCCUACAUGAAAAUGGCUGUAUAACUCUGAGAGUUCGCAGAUCUACCACUAAUUUAAGUGCUGUACCAAAUAAAGACUCAGCAGAUCCUGAUCCCAUUCAGGAACUCAUCUAUGACUUACGAAGUCAGUGUGAUGCCAUUAGGGUUACCAAGACUGUUCGCCCAUUUAGUAUGGUGAGCUGCCCAGUGAAUGAAAAUUCUGUAGCUCUUAUAGUCAGUGAUGGAAGAGUAAUGAUAUGGGAGCUGAAAUCCACCAUUUCAAGCCAAGGUGUACGUACCAGCCAUUCCAAUGUAUCACCCUUGUAUUCACCUAUCUCAUUCUGUGGAACUCCUGUCGGGACCUUGCAGAAUAAGCUUCCAGAUCUGUCACUAGAUAAUAUGAUAAGUGCACUGUCUACUGAAGAUCAAGCAAAAAGUUAUUGUUUGCAAGAAGUACAUUUGAAGUUCAUUUUAACAGGCCUCCUUUCGGGACUUCCUUUGCCUCCAUUUGCUAUUCGCAUGUGUCCACCUCUUACCACCAAAAAUAUUAAGCAAUAUCAGCCCCUGCUUGCUGUGGGUUUUCCUGCCUCGUAUUUUAGAAAUUGCAACUGCUAA